CAUUUGUUUACUAGGAAGAAGCACGCGCGCGUGUAUCUUAGCCUAAAUUAGCCGCUACACCGCUAAUUUAGCCACAAACAUCUAAAUACACGCUUUAAAUGAACUCAGACAAACAGACAGUUUGUAGAGCAGCUCGGUAAAAACAAAAAAACAAUGUGCUCUCAUGUCGAGCCGCUCAGGAGACGAUAACUUUAACUUUAGCUUCUUAGCAGUUGGGAGCUAACUUUAGCUUCUUAACAGUUGGGAGCUAACGUUAUAGCUUUAGCUCCUUAGCCGUUGUGAGCUAACAAUACAGCUUUAGCUCCUUAGCUACAUUGGGAGCUAACGUUAGCUGAGCUAUGCGGUCUUUAAACUAUGUUCAACGCGUCAGCCUGGACUUCGCGGGGACUCUGUUUCCUCACGCUAUCUGUCUGGGAGACGCAGACAACGACUCGUUGAACGAGCUGAUUGUCGGCGACACCAGUGGAAAGCUGCUCGUGUACAAGAAUGACGACUCCAAACCGUGGAUCACGAGAACCUGUGUGGGCAUGCUGACUUGUGUCGCGGUCGGAGACGUCUGCAACAAAGGAAAGAACUUUGUGGUGGCUGUCGGUGCAGAGGGCUGGUUUCACCUCUUCGACCUGACAGCUGCCACCGCGAGCAAAGCGGAUUCAUCCAGUCAGCAUGAGUUCAUGUCGGCCGACGAGCAGAAGCCUCUCUUCACCCAGCACAUUCCUGCCAACACCAAAGUCAUCCUUAUUAGUGACAUCGACGGUGACGGCCGCUGUGAACUCGUGGUGGGCUACACGGACCGAGUGGUGCGAGCCUUUCGUUGGGAGGAGCCGACUGACGGUUCAGAUCUGGGAUCCGGACAGCUUGUUCUGCUGAAGAAAUGGCUUCUGGAGGGGCAGGUGGACAGUUUGUCAGUGAAUCCGGGUCCAGAGGGUUUACCAGAGCUGAUGGUGUCUCAGCCGGGCUGUGGCUACGCCAUCCUGCUGUGUUCCUGGACCCAACAGGACUCCAGCGGCUCCGGAGAAGAAGCUCCUGCCACCCCGGGGAGCGAGGGACCCUCCAGAGAUGUAAUUCUCCAUCUGACCACCGGGCGGAUUCACAACAAGAACGUGUCCACUCAUCUCAUCGGCAGCAUCAGUAAAGGUUCAAAAGAGGAAUCUUCUAAAUGUGGGCUGUUCGCUCUCUGCACUUUAGAUGGUACCCUGAAGUUGAUGGACAGUUCAGAGCAGCUGCUGUGGUCCGUCCAGGUGGAUCAUCAGCUCUUUGCGCUGCAGAAGCUGGACGUCACUGGAGACGGCAGAGAGGAGGUGGUGGCGUGCGCCUGGGAUGGUCAAACGUACAUCAUCGACCACAAUCGGACAGUCGUGCGGUUCCAGUUCGAUGAGAACGUCAACGCCUUCUGUGCCGGUCAGUAUACAUGUAAGGAGGGUAAGAACAGCCCGUGUCUGGUUUAUGUGAGCUUCAACCACAAAAUCUACGUCUACUGGAAGGUGAAGCUGGAGCGCAUGGAGUCCACCAACCUGUUGCGCGUCCUGGAGGAGAAGCCUGAGUUUAAGAGCCGCCUGAAGCUGCUGGGAGUCGGCUUGUUACCUAACCCCGGUGCAGAAAAUGUCUGAUGCAGCAGCCUAGGGAUGAGGAAAAACAAAGAGGAGGAGAGAAGGAUUGCAAUGAAAAUAAAGAAACAACUGCGGGAGAAUAAAAGUGUGAUAUGUCGAACAUGGGGGAGGAGAUAUCUGGUGUCUUUGUGUGAUCUCAAGUCAACCAAAGUGCCAUUAAAAAUAACUUAGAUGCAGUUUUACGAAAAGACACAGCCAAAUAUGCAGAACAUCAAACAAAAUGAAAAAAUGAAAUCUGUGUUAGCUCUCCUCGAAAUGUCAGCAGCAGCAGCAGCAGCUCUCAGACUCUUCCCUGCUGUUCGUUCAACUUAACAACCGCCCUCUUGCCAAACGGGGAUGAUGAAGAGUCUGUCGGUUCUCCAUCACAGCGGGGAGAACGUCUAAAUAUUGACAGCUCCUCCCACACGGUUGACCUUUAAUUUCUGACUGUGAUUCAUCAGCUAGUUUCGAUAUGAUCUCAGAUAUCUGCAGGUGAAGGACAAAGAUUUUGGCACCGGAAGAAUUUUGGUUUCGUCUCGUUUGAGCGGGCUUUAAAAGAAGAAGCAACUUAUUGGUCGUCUUAAGCCAACCUGAGCUUCAAAACAGCUCUACAGAAACCUGUGGGUAUUGAAUAUCUUUAACCACGAACGAUGGUUAGGUGGAGUGGCGUGAUUUCAAACAAAAGAAGACGUCCUGAUAAUGUUAUUCAGUGUUCAUGCACGUUGUGUGUCUUUGCU